CCGCGUUCACAGUACAUACUGUAAAUCGCCCGGGUGCGGCGGGCCCCACCGCUUGUUCGACCCCGGCAGCCCUUCCGUCGCCGGCCCGACCAAAGGAGGCGGCUUCCGCGGCGGCGAGGGGAGGCCAGCCCAGAUGACGGUGGCGGCGGGGGUGGGCUACGCGCUCAUCGCGCUGGGCCCCGCUUUCUCCCUCUUCGCCGGCGUCAUCGCCAGGAAGCCCUUCCUCGUCCUCACCCUCCUCUCCAGCACGUUGUUUUGGCUUAUAAGUUUGAUCGUCCUCUCGGGAAUAUGGAGGGGGUUUCUUCCUCUAAAAUCAGGAGUGUGGUGGCCAUAUGUCAUUUUGAUCCUUACAUCUGUUGCAUUUCAAGAAGGCACCCGUCUUGUGUUCUGGAGGCUCUACAAGAAAAUGGAAGAGAUGCUAGAUGCCUUUGCUGACAGAAUAUCUAAACCACGUCUCUGUUUGACAGACAAGAUGCUAAUCUCUUUGGCUGGUGGUUUAGGUCAUGGACUGGCUCAUGCGGUCUUUUUCUGCCUCAGCCUCCUAACUCCAGCAUUUGGUCAAGCAACGUUUUAUGUCGAGAGGUGCUCAAGGAUGCCAUUUUUUCUUGUGUCAGCAAUUAUUGCACUUGGGUUCUUGGUCAUCCAUACUUCCUUGAUGGUUAUUGCUUUUAAUGGAUAUGGAGAGAGAAAGAAGAGGGACCAAAUCUUUGUCCCAGUGGUUCACCUGAUUGCUGCUGUGAUGACAUUGAUCAACCUUGUGCCAGGGGGUUGCCUUGUCGGUACACCUUUACUGUGCAUAACGGCUGCGAUGACCUUGUACUACUCCUGGCAAGUGGUGGGGCAGAGAAUAACAGAGCACCAACAUCGACAGUCUUAACAGCUAGCGCUUUGCCUUGUGCUCGUCGCAUCGCAUGGAGUUUCCUUGUGGGCUAAUCUUUGUACUAGGACAACUGUAUGUAGAUUUAGCGGGUUCGCCAAUGACUCAUCAUCUUAAGAUAUUGACUCCCUUAUGAAAUUAUGAUGGGUUGUAUAUGGUACUUGUACUGACACGGUAUACUUGUAAUGAGAUGUUUUCAGUGCUGUCUGGUCAGGCAAGAGAUUGCCGUCAGAUUGGUGCUUGGUUCAAUUAAAUACUACUCCCUCCGUUCCAAAUUA